AUGGGCGGUGCACAUAGCUGCUUUCCAUCUCCCAUUGAUAAAAUACAUACACUACGUCGUCGUCGUAAUCUACUGACAAAAGCUAAGCAUGAUCGAACUAAGUCAAAUAUUCCCACAAAUACAAAUAAUAAUAAUAACAACAAUAAUAAUAAUAAUAAUACAAUUAAUUUAAACCAUGCGUCUGAAGAUGAAUUAUUAUUGUUACCUGGUAUCAAUCGUCGGAUAGCUCAAAAUAUUAUUCAGUAUCGUCAAUUAAAUCAUAGUUUUAAACAAAUUGAUGAACUAUUAUUGAUUACUGGAAUUACUCAUGAUUUAUACGAACGUAUUCGCUAUGAUUUGUCGAUUGAUUUAUCGUCUCAAAAUCUUGCUGAUAAUAAACAAGAAUUGAUUAAUAUUAAUAUAGCGACAUACAAUCAGCUAUGUACAAUACCUGAUUUAACACCAAUACUAAUAAAACGAAUCAUCGAAAGGCGUGAACGAAAAGGACCAUUUCGUUUUGUAGAAGAUUUACUGAAAAUUAAAGAUAUUAAUUAUAUUGUGUUAGCUAGCAUACGUUCACAUAUAACUGUUGAUGAUCGAACAAUACCAAUACCAGUUAGUGAAUCAUCGAUUCUUGAACCAUCUGCCGAUAAUCUUUAUCCAACAUUAAAUAAAAAUAAUAACAAUAUUGCAUCAGAUUCACUUUCAAUGGCAUCGCUACUAUUAGAAACUUUACCACCUGAAUUACAAACCAUCCUCCGUUCAUCAUCACAACGUCCAGUAUCGAUUUGUAACAAUAAUCAAACUUAUUUUCGUUUUGCUUCAUGGAAUUUACAGCAAUUAACAAAUGAUAAAGUACAAAAUCCAGGUGUAAGAGAAGUUAUUUGUCGAAUUAUUCUUGAACAUAAUUUUUCAUUAAUUGGUAUUCAAGAAAUUGGCAAUAAAGAAGCACUUGGUUAUAUAACUAAGGAAUUAAAUAAUCCAACAUUACCAUUAAUUAAAGGUUGGCCUCAUUCUCAAAAUAGAAAAUGGAAAUAUGUAAUCAGUGACGUUGCUGGUCGAAUGUUUCAAGGCAAUGAAUAUCUUGGUUUUAUAUACGAUGAAUCAAUUGGAAUUGAAUUGAAAAAAGCAUCAUUAUUACCAUUUAAAAAUUAUUUUACACGUUCACCAUAUAUUGUCAUAUUUCGUAUCUAUGAUAAAUAUGAAUUUGUUUUUGUUAAUUUGCAUUUAAAAGCACGACGAUUCGAUGAAAUUGAAAAUGAAAAAACAAAGGAUGAAGCUUCAUCAAUAUCAAUACUAGCAGAAGCUAUGGAUGAUACUGUUGAACAAAAAAAUAUAGUCAUUUUCGGAGAUUUUAAUAUUGCACCUACAGCAUCUGAAUUCAACGCAUUAGUUCAACACAACUAUUCAUAUGUUAUAAAACAAAAUACAAAUAUAAGUUUGAAAACACCAGGAGGAUCUACAUGUGUCGAUAAUAUAUGGCUUUCUGCUGAGGCGAAUUCUUUAAUUACAGCUAAUUCAGGUGUUAUUCGAGAUAAUCUGACAAGUAUGUGGAUUCCUGCUGGUUGGACAUGGGGUGGUUUAGUUAGUGACCAUUGCCCGAUUUGGAUUGAAUUUGAUUUAUCAUAA